CACGCGGGCUCUAAAUAUAAAUAUAAAUAUAAAUCGUUCAAAUCGAUCGUUUUGAGUUAGUUUGAGUUCUUGAACGGAAGUGGAUACAGCCAGAGCGGAAGUGGAGGCGUUGCCAUGGCAGCGGCGUGUUUACCUUUUAGCCUCGGAGGAGCUAACGGGAGCUAACGGGAGCUAACGGGAGCUAACGGGAGCUAACGGGAGCUAACGGGCUAAAGCUCCAGACUCCGCGGACGGAACAAAAACAAGUCCGAAUAUGGCACCGAAAGGAAAGAGCAAAAAGACGAAGAAACCGAAGCCUCCGACGGUGGUGGACGCCCUGUCCACAGAGGAGAUGAACAAGGACCAGCUGGAGGAACACAUCGUGCGGAUCCGGGAGGAGAUGGAUCGGGAGCGGGAGGAGAAGAGUUACUUUCAGCUGGAGCGAGACCGGAUCCAGAGUCUGUGGGAAUCCGGACUCCGGGAUUUAGACCGAGUCCAGACCGAACUGAACCAGAGAAGAAGAGAAAGAGACGAAGCCGAAGAGCGACACCGUCUGGAGAUCAACGUUUAUAAGCAGAAGUUGAAGCAGGUUCUUUCAGAGCAGCACAGACUCGUCUCUGAACUGAAGACGGACCAGAUCCAGACCCAGAACCAAACCAAGAACCAGAACUCAGACCAAGAACUCAACCUGGUCCAAGAGACGAGCCGCCUGGAGACCAGACUCACAGAGAAGAAACACCUGAGUGAGAAGAACCUGAAGAGCCUGGAGCUGAAGCAGCAGGUGGAGCUCAUGGAGCUGAUGAACGAUUAUGAUCGAAAAGUCAGAGACCUGGAGCAGAGGUUUCGGGUCGUGAGCUCGUGUCUGGGGCAGGAGCAGGAGAAGAGGCUCCAGCAGGAGGUGCAGGAGGUGGAGGAGGCGUCCAAGAAGAAGAUCAGAGAUCUGCAGAUGGAGCAGCAGCGCCUCCUCAGGGCCACAGAGGAGAACUACAACAACCUGAGCUCCAGACUGGAGACGGAGCAACGAGAACUCAGGGAGCAGCAGCUGGAGCUCAGAGCCCAACUGUCCCGAGUCCAGAAGAAACUGACCGAAGCUCAGAGCGAGAACAUCCGUCUGAAGGAAGACCUCGAGAAGGCCCAGAGCCUCCUCCCAGACCUGAGGAGAAGACUGGAGCAGAGCCUGAAGGACAGAGAGCUGGAGAAGAAAGGACGAGAGCGAGAGAAGCAGCUGGAGAAGGAGCUGAGGGCCCUCAAGAUGGAGAAGACUCUACUGCAGCAGGCCUUUGAGAAGGUGGAGCGUGAGAGGGACCAGCUGAAGGACGCUCAGCUGAUGUUGGAGCUGGAGGUGCAGCGCAGGAACGGCCUGAAGGAGGCGCUCCUACACCAGAAGCUCUCUGCUCUGAGUCUGGAACUGCAGAAGAACCAGGAGACUUUGCUGGACCCAGGACCGAGGUGAUCUGAGACCAAGACCAAGACCAAGACCAAGACCGGACCAGAGUCCAGACCAAGACCAGACCACAGUCCAAGUCCCGAGUCCAAGUCCAAAGACAUUUUAUGAUUUUUUUUCUAUUUAUUUUGGCUGGUGCUUUUAUUUUGUGCCUCGUUUGUUUCUGUAAAUUUACGUCUGAUAUUUUUCGUCUCUUCGUCUCUUCGUGUCUUUGUGUUUGUCUCUUCUUCUUCGUUCAAAACGACAUUUUCUGCAAAACUGGUUUUGUUUCUUUCUCCCGUCGUUGUUCCUCAUCACAAACUGCUCCAGAGUCUCCGAGCUCUGAGGGUCUAGACCAGAACUAGACCUGGACUAGACCAGGACUCUGAGAUCUAGAGAUCUCUCCUGGGCCUAUUCAAACCCCUCUUACAGUUUGCUGCAGUACGAGUCUGUACGAGGCUCCGCCCACACGCUCCACAUCACAAUCCUCCAUAAAAACACAAAAACAUAAAACUGAACAGAGCAACUGAACAAACGUGAUGUUUGUGCAGGAGUUUCAUUAGUGCGACGCUCUGAAGGGGGAGUGGGUCAGCACAGAGAGCAGAGAGACUCAGAGAAACGUGUCAAACCUGUGACUCUGUCGUUUUUGUGAAUAAAACAU